AACAACGCUGACAGAAAGAUUACGUACACUUCUUACCACGGUUAUUGUGACAGUGGAAUCGGACCUGGAUGGUUUCGUUUUGAGGGCUCAGCAGGCAUAAGAAUGCCAACUUCAUAUCAACCAACUAACAGAUGUGGGACUCACAUUACAAACUGGACUCUAUUGUGGACACCCCUCAGUAGCAGAUGGUCAGGUCAGCAGGACGGUGUGUUUUCAUUGGACUGCAGGUUGUUGUGAAUUUUCAACAAACAUCAAAGUGAGACUGCAUUGUGGUUCUUAUUAUGUGUACUAUCUUAAUGGCAUACCUACUUGCUAUGGCAGUUAUUGUAGAAUUCAUUAAAAACAAGGCGCAAAGAGAGUAUUACAUGUCCACUUUAAUUUCACUCAAAGUGGCUUUCUUUCUUUCUUUCUUUCUUUCAUGUAUUAA